UACAGUCGGUGAUAGCGAGCGGAGGUGUACAGUAGUUGAAAGAAGACGCUGAAGAGAGAAGUGGGGGACGGUCGGCGAGCUGGGAGCGAAUUGGUGUGGCGAGUGCCAAAAGUUAAGAGAGACGGAGAGGCUAGCCUGGAGGACUAACGUAAUAUCUAUUAUCGCUGAAAUUACCACACCUCCACAGACAUGCUUCCGAUAAGAUGAACUAUGACCUCUGAAGAGUCCAUAGCUGGGUUUAUAAAUCAGGCGAACAAUAUUGUGUCAUAGUACUUGCAAGGAAGCUCUUAAGCACAGCAACAGAAGACAAGAAGUUCUAGAGCCAGCUGAUUUCAGUCAUUUCCCUAGAAUGAGUCAGAAGGUGAAUGGAAAUGCAGUAACUAAUGGUUAUGCUUCUGAGAACGGUUGUUGUUUAACUAAUGGGCUUUCAUCAAAAAAUGGUUACUCUUCUAAAAAUGCUUAUUCUUCGUCGCAUAAUUAUUACAAACGCUGCAGAUACUUGGACGAUGAUAUCCUGAGUUAUACUUAUGAUGACGUGCAAGAGACUUCAGUCUUUCUGCUACGGAAGACAAAAUACAGACCUGCGAUUGGAAUCAUUUGUGGUUCCGGCCUUGGCUCACUGGCAGAUUCACUGACAGACAAGGAAUGCUUCCCAUAUGAAGAUGUCCCACAUUUCCCGGUUUCAACAGUGAGAGGCCAUACGGGUCAGUUGGUGUUUGGUCUACUAGAUGGAGUGCCUGUCAUGUGCAUGCAGGGACGAUUCCAUUACUAUGAGGGCUAUCCCAUCUGCAAGUGUGCAAUGCCUGUUCGUGUGAUGAAGAUGGUUGGAGUAAAGUACCUGAUAGCAACAAACGCUGCUGGCGGCCUUAAUGAGAAGUAUAAAGUUGGUGACAUAAUGGUUAUCAAGGAUCACGUCAACUUUAUGGGUUUUGCUGGCGUCAACCCUUUGAGAGGUCCAAAUGAUGAGAGGUUUGGGCCACGAUUUCCUGCAGUGAGCAAAGCAUAUGAUGCCAGUUUGAGGGCAGCGGCCAUGAAAAUUGGCAGGGACUUGGGCAUUGAGGAUUCUCUACAUGAAGGGGUUUACACAUGUCUUGGUGGGCCAAAUUUUGAGACUGUGGCAGAACUUUCUGCGAUGAAAAUUCUUGGAAUUGAUGCAGUUGGUAUGAGCACCGUCCACGAGGUCAUUGUGGCUUGUCACAGUGGCAUGACUGUCUUUGCAUUCAGCCUUAUCACUAACAAAUGUGUGACCACAUAUGAUGAAGAAGUUGUUGCCAACCAUGAAGAAGUAAUAGAAGCUGGUAGGGAGAGGGAGGAUGUUCUGAAGGCUUUUGUCUCCAACCUGGUCCAACACAUUCGAAAUAAUCCACCAGGGAAAUAAAUAUAGUUCCAUAUGAUCACUUAUUAGAGAAUGUUAGCAUAAUAGUAACCUGAUUCCAAGAACAGAUAUGUCAAAGAAUAUGAAGCAGGCCCAUUUAAUUAUAAGACACAGAUGGUAAUCUUAAAAAUACAUUGUUAAUCUCUCAUGCAUGCCUUUCUAAUAUACCUCAUGGAAAUUCUAUUCAUAUAAUGCAUUUUUCUAAAUAUUUUUGAAGCAUUUUGCAAAUCAUGUGUAUCCAUCCAAGCAAGAAAAAUUGUGAAAGACUUCUCAUUGCUAAAGACACAUUAGCUGCUCUAAUGUAUCAGACAUUGAACAUGACUCAGGUUACAAAUAAAUGUUUGUUUGUACCAAGGCAGGAACUGACCCAUGAGUUCCAGUCAGAACUCAACAAGAAGUCUCCUUUCUUUCUACCUGUGUAAGGAACAGGAGAGUGUGAGUUCUUAGGAGGAUAAUCAGAUAACAGAUUCCCAGAAAAUGGCUGGUGGGUCUAUGUGUGUAGACAACCAAACAGCAAGAGACUGAUACCUAAUAUUUCAUAUUUCAAUGUUUCCUCACCCCUCGUAUAUAUACAGGGUGUUUCACGACUUUAGGGCAUAACUGCAG